CUCCUCCUUUUCUUCCAGGCAGUCAGUGUCUGUUUCGCGUUUUCUUCUCACCCAUUGCUGUCGCCCCCCAGGUUGACGCCGACGCCGCUUUGCGGCUUGUCCAACCCGAGCCAAAACGGCAGGGCCUUGUCUGUCUGUCUGUCUGUCCGUUCUCUGGGUGGCGACGACAAGGCGACGCGACGCGGCGAUCUCGCACACCGGUGCAGGGCAGACGGACGAAACGCGCUCAAUCGGGUUGCUGCAUUUGUUUGUGGCCCCCCCUGCCUGCGCGUGUGGAGGGAAUAUCGCCACCUGCUUCAUACCUAUACCGGCCUCUUUUUUCUUCUUCUCCUUAACUCCAGUCGCCUCGUCUUCGCUUCUCUUCAUAUCCGCGGGUCGGACAGAAAGCCAGAAUUGAAACCGUACGGCUCUCCGGAAUAUUCUUGUUAUUUUUCUGUUGGAGCCAAAAAGCAAGCAGCUGCAGCCAUGUCCAGCACUCCAACCGUCACCACGCCCCUCCUGCCCCGGCGAUCCGGCGGCAUCCCGGACGCGGAUCUGGAGCGGGACCCACAAUCCCGGGACCACCCGGCCGACGGCAAGGAUCCUCCCCCUCCGCCGACCUUCAAUCCGCUGCAGCGCGUUGCCAUCUGCACCUUUUCCGCCCUGCACAUCCUACGCGGGCUCAUCUUCGUCGCGUUUCCCGCCGCCCUCAUCGGCAUGUCCGCACGUGGCGGCGGCGGCAGCAGCAGCCACCAUGGCCAGGACACCACCACAACCGCACCCAACCAUCACCACCACCACUACUACCACCUUCUCACGGCGCUGCUGGGCACGCGGGACAUUGUCCUCGGGGGCCUGCUCGCCGCCGCUUUUCGCCGCCGCCGCGUUCCCGGCGUGCACCGCGCGCUGGCGGCCAACCUGCUCAGCGACGCGGCCGAUACCUUUGUGCUCAUCUUCUUCGCCGCGUGCGCCUCGGCCGCCGCACAGCAGCCCCGCCGGUGGCGCCCGGGGAGCCCCGUCGCAGAGAUCACCGCCGUGGCCGUCAUGGCGACGCUCGAGCACAUCACCCUGUGGAGCAUGAGCACCGAGACGGGUGUCGGCGGGCUGGGAGGGUUCGGGAGCUCUAGCGGCGGCGGCGGCGGCGGGUCCGGCUUCGAGAAGAUGAGGGCGUCGCCGACGUCGGCCUAUGAGGCGCGCAUGCAGGCCGACGAGGACAAGAAGCGGAGGAUGGACAUGUGGCUGUCGGACAUGAGGCGGGCGGAAGAGAUGCGGCAACCUUCCCCCUUGCCGCAGAUGCAGUCUCAGCCGCCGCCGCCGCCGCCGCCGCCGAAAUAACACCCCGCGCAUUGAUCCAUGACUUGUUUUCCUUCUUUUUAUUUUCAUUUUUCUGGGACACAGCGAGAGGCAGGGGCAGGGGCGCCGCGGCAACAUCUGCUAUUUAUGAUAACGAGGGCUAUGCUAUAAGCGAACAAUGGGUUUCAUCAAUGACUUGACGGGCCGUGAAGUGGAUGCAGAGGGAUUGUGUCGGCGUUGAGAAGCAUCCGAUUGGAUUCAAAGCGUGUGCACUUCAUAGCGAUCUGUUUUGCAUAGCCAGCGCGCAAGUGACUUCCUUUUUGCAGCGCGUUGCAACAUACUACCCUGCGUGCGUAUGGAUGUCGUGGAACUGCAUUCAUGAACCGCACCCUCAGUCACCAUGGAUCCCGACACACUUGAAAUCACAUGCAAGGGGUCUAUAAAACACUAUAGCAGGUUGAUGGAAACACGAUCAUUCAUGUCUCGUAGUACCGCAGCCAAAUAGCAAGGUCUCAACGCCGGUGACACAGUAAACUGGCACAUUGAUGCACUGAUGACAUGCAACGAGCUCGAC